AUGCCCAAUGUCACCGCGAAGCCGCUUGCGUUCGACUUGCAGCGACUGGUUGCAGCCUACCCUAACCUGAGUAAGCAAGAGCGACUGCAGAGAUCCCGUCGCUUGUCGAAAGAGGUAGAUCGCAAGGACGAAUUUGCGGCCCUCAAGGCCCCUCCACCAGAGAGCGCCUGCGAUACCAGCGCCCCCAUAGAUCUCGAUAAGCCAUCCCCUUGCCGCAACGCCUUCCUCGCGCUGCUCUCUUACAACAUGGCGCUGAGACUCAGCGCAUAUGACACUCAACUCAAUCCGGAAUCGACGAUAUGGAUGUCUAUCCUUCGCUUCUGGCCGGCCGUCGCGAAGUGGGUAGAGCUCUUUCAUCCCCGCCUUGGGAACCGUGCCAAAAGCCGACAAUGGGACCUCGACAUAUUAGCGGCGUAUAGGACCUUCUAUAGCAUUACCUGCACGUAUCCUCAGGGCAGGAAGAAGUUGAUGGAGACGAAGGACGCGUUGCCAGUACUGCUGGAUGUAUGGCUCAACUAUUGGGACUACGCUCCGGCGCCUGCGUCGCCUGCCGAAUGGGAGAUGUGUCUGGACCAGGACUUCUGGUUUUUGGAGGCUAUCGCGCGCCUCCGAGAUGAUAUACCAAAACCAGUCAUAGGCCAUCCGGAUGGGCAGCGCAUCGAGCAGGGUCUGCUGCAAGCGGUGGGCGGGAGUCGACGCAAGUUCUAUCGGAAUGCUCUGCUCCAGCGACUGCAACACAUCGUCGCCAAUCAAUGCCUCCCGACGCACACAUAUACCCGUGACGCCUUUCGCAUGUCGCAGUACCUCGUCCGCUUCUUCAACGACAUCCGGAUAGAGGGCGCUCCUCGCGAUGUCGUCUCGGCCGUCGUCCAGGCUUGGAAGGAUACUCUCGACAUCACCGACGGUGACGACAUGGGGAUGUCGUGCGCCCAACUCCUCAUUUUGUUGCACAGUAUCUCGGACGACUUCCGACAACUCGCGUGGGCCGUUCGGGAUGGUGCUCUUGAGCUUAUACUGCGCCUUGUGCGCGUGCGGGACCAGACGAAGGAGGUGACGAUAGGCCCCUCGUUUACGCUGAUGCGCUUGAUGCGCGUUCAGAUGAUUCAUCGCAACUUCCUACGUGUGCUACGCCGCUAUGGAGGCUCCGCCCUGGUCCUCCGCAAAGACGAUCCUCCGUGCAUCCGGAAAUUCAUAGAGGUGUAUCAAAGCGGCAUCCAAGUACUGGACGGCGUCGAUGAGUGGAUUCGGAAUCGCCCGUGCUACAAUCCCACGUGCGACACAGACGUCGCCUCGCAAUCGGAGUCUAUGAAGAACUGCGAAGCACCGCCCGACGUACAUCCAGCGCAAAACAUGCGUGCCGCCAGCUACAAAUACAUCACAACCAUCGCACGCACCCUCGUCAACCAGUCCCGGCGCUCCAUCCUCGCCGACCUCGCCGACUUCGCCGCCGCCAAUCCCGACUGGGACCCCGAAUGCGAGCCCGCCGUCGUGAUGGUCAACUUCUGCGUGCGGAACAACACCUUUGGCGUCCCGGGCUCGCUAGAAGGGUGCUUAGCCUCGGAUGACGGGGCCUACCACCGGGUGUCUGUGACGACGACCGGCCAGAGCGAGUGGAAGUCGGGUUCGGUGCGCGCGCAGGUGCCGUGCGGAGGGCGCAACGCGGUGGUCAUGCACUGUGGGGCGUUCGACUAUGAGAAAUUCAAGAGGGAGGAACUGGACACAAACGUGUUCCCGAAGGAAGGGCCCAAAGCCAAGAUCACCGGCCUCGGCGGCAUGUGGGGGCGUAAGUCUCUUGACGAUCUUCUGCGCUGGGCGCAUGAUUCACCUACUUCUACGACCUUCCCUUCAGACGAACCCUCGACCACUUUGCAGCGUCGCGCGUCGCAGACCCUCGAACGUCGCGCAUCGCAGACCCUCCAGCGUCGCGCUUCCCAGCACCUCGCCCGCCGGAACUCCCAGAAGCUCGUCGCGCGGCGAUCUCUAGUCCUCUCCCGGCGCCCCUCGCUCUCACAGGCGCCUUCUUUCACAACAACCGGUGAUGCACCGCCGCAGGCGCCCUCGAGGCGGCCGUCGCAGGCACCGUCAAGGCGUCCUUCUCUGACUGGCGAGGGAUCUUUCACCGCAGGCUCCAAGGGCUCUUUCACCGCAGGCUCCAGGGGCUCUUUCACUGCAGGCUCAAAGGGCUCCCUCACCGCCGGCGCCAGGGGCUCCUUCUCAUCCAAGGGCCGCGCCCUCUCGCGGCGCAAGUCCCUCUCCAUCCGCGUGCCCUCCUUCUCGCUCUACUACGCCGACUUUGGGAAGCAGCGCACGCCGCGGGCGCGCGCGUCGUUCUGCGACCUGAGCGUACCCAUCGGCGGCGGCCCAGCCAUCGACCCGUACGGCGGUCCCGCCGUCGACCCGUACGACCCGCAGCACAAUGGGGCGGACUUGGCUGGGUCGGGUUUGGGAGAGCUGGAUCUGGCUAGUUUUCCUGCGCUUCAAUCGCCCACCUGCCCCGACCUGGGCGGGCCGAACCUCCCUGAGCUCGACGAUACGUACUUCCAGGGUUUCUACGACGGCAGCAACCUCCGGUUCUACGACUUUGAUGAGAAUAACCAGUUGAUUCUGACCGGGGGAGAUUCUGUGGGCUCUGCCUCCACGGGCGGGCCCCCCUCGGGUGCUACGAGCGGGGGCGCUGCUGAGACAAACGAACCCUCUUCGUCGAGCAAGGAACCUUCGUCAAUUCAAGACGACUCUUCUUCGAGUCGGCACGAGCCUCCCUCGGCAACACCGCUCGAGACUAUCCCAGAGGAAGAUCCUGAGGAAGUGGAGGUCGCUACUGUCGACAAGGGUAAAGGCCGCGCGGAAGUACAAGAGCCUACGACGAGCGUGGCGUAUCCCACUCUGGACGAGGCGAUCGAAGGGUUCUUGCAUGGUACACCGUCGUCGGGACCCUCGACGUCGGCCAAGAAAACCCACAGGCGCAAGAAGCUUCACCGGAGGCGCUCACUUUCGGUUCCGAAGCCCACCGCGUCGCCUGCAGAUGUCUUCGGGAUCGCGCCGAAUGGCGUGUAUUCGUACCCUCCGCCGCCGACGGCAGCCACUUCAUCGAGCAAGCGCAAUGGCCCAUCGUCGGAAAGGCGCGAAGGGCCAUCAACGGAGAGUGGCAGCGGCUCGUUGACAAACAAGCGAAGUGGCCCUUCAUCGGACAAGCGCACUCGCCCGUCGCUGGACGACGUCGCCGAGAACGCUACCCAUUACGAGGAAGACGAGGAAGACGAGGAGGAUGGCGAGCACGACCUUGACGAGGAAGAAUUCGACGACGAUCCUCUGCCCCGACGCCGCCGUGCCUCUGCUACGACGGUGGAAGACGACUCGGACGACGAGUACAUCGAUGACGACUACUACAUGCCUCGUACUCCCGCACGCCGCCGUGGUCUCGCCUCUAGCUCCCGGCACACGCCAUCCUCAUCGCGCAACCGUCGUUACCAUCCGUACUCCCCGGCCACGCCUUCUUCCUCACGCUCGCACCGCGCUCAUGCCCCUACGUACCGAUCGCCUGUAGCCAAUCGCCCCUUCCCCUGCCCAGUCGUCGGCUGCGACCACGCAUGCAUCAACCGCAACGAUCUCGGGCGGCACAUGCUCAAGCACGACCCGCCGGGGUGGUCGUGCUACAACUGCAGGCAGCGCUUCACGAGGCGGGACGCGCUGGUGCGGCACGUCGACAAAAACGCGAAGACAUCUGCGUGCUGUAGGGGAGUACACUACGCGCGCGCUGCUGAGAUGCGCGUGCAUCCGCACGACAGGUUUCCUGCGGAGUGGCUGGACAUUAUCGAGGCUGAUCCAUGA